AUGAAUUCCAAGGGUAAAGUGUUUGUAGACGUCGAUUUCUGUCUAUUUGAUUUGGACGGAACAAUCAUCAAGACAACCGAAGCAGUAGAAAAGGCAUGGACAAAACUGUGUCUUGAACAUGGCGUAGAUCCUGAUGAACUGUUCAAGCAUUCGCAUGGAACAAGAACGCAGGAAGUUAUCCAACGGUUUUUCCCACAAUUGCAGGACGAUUUGGACCGUGCUGUGGAACAAAUGGAAGUGUCGAUCGGGAGAGACUUUCCGGAAUCGGCGAGUUUGAUACCAGGGGCAGCUCAGCUGCUACAGAACUUGGACAAUUCACAGAAAGAUAAGUCCAAAGAACGCAUAUGGGCAAUUGUGACUUCUGGAGCUUACCUAGCUCGAACAUGGUUCGAAAACAUCCUCAAAGAAGUAGGUCCGCCUUCUGUAUUUAUAACUGGAUUCGACGUGGCCAAGGGCAAACCUGACCCAGAAGGAUAUGCCCUAGCGUCUCAAAGACUCAGCGAAAUAUGGGGCAAAGAUCCCAAGACUGUGAGAAAUGUGGUUUUUGAAGACGCUCCAGUGGGUAUAAUGGCUGGUAAACGUAUCGGAGCCGUCGUGAUAGGCAUCACUUCAUCCUACAAUAAAGAAACACUCUUUAAAGCAGGCGCAGACUAUGUGGUGCCAGAUUUGACUGGGAUUCGAGUAGCUGAACUGAGCGACGCAGGCAUAAAACUGGAAAUCACAAACCGUUUGUCCAGAUGA